ACCUACCACAUCUAAGCACAACAACAGAUCUCUGGAACCACAUAAAGAAACGAAAUUUCUGCUCAGAUUAUAAGAUAAAUGAAUAUGCGUAACGGGAAUGAGAGGGUUUCUGAGGGUACUGCUCACCUUCGUCUUGAGGAACGAGAAUGUGUUUCUUCUCCUGCAUUGGUCGUGAGAAUGAGGCAGGAAAAAGAUGUGCUCACUCCUACUGUGCACUCUCUGCCGUUCGAUUCUGAAUUUGAACGGUUUUGAUGCGACUUGGAUCGUACUUUUCACAGUGUUUCUUUUGUGUAUAAUUUUUUUUAAUUUUUUACCAAUUUUGCCUUUUUUUUUUUUUUUGGGCAACGAUCUUUUGCGUGAUUGCUGAUAAUCUUUCCCAGAUUUUCGGAAUUUUUAGUGGAACUACCAUCAGGUUCCACAGCAUUGUGAGCAAGUUUUUUAUGUUCCUCAAUUUUUGCUGAAGUAUGUAUGUAGAAGAAUAAAAGUAUCGCAUCAGA